ACUUUUCAAUGUCAACAUAAAUCUUUAUUUAUGACAAAAUAAAAGAUGGCAGUUAUUUCUGCUUUUAUGAAAUCUUAUAAUAUGUAAUGUAAUAAUUUCACAUAUUCUAUUUUAAUUUAAUUUUUCAAAGUUUAAAAUGGAUCAGUUUUAAACUAUAGUUAUAUAUAAUUUAAUAUUUCAUUAAGUGUUUUGAAUCUAACCUACAAAAUGGCAAUUCCGAUAUCAAUUCGUAGUUCAACUGGAAUAAAUUUAUGCUACGGACCACCAACGUUUGAUAAUGUUCAAGAUUUUUCUACAGUCCAAAGUAAAUCAUGUCGUACCAUGCUUUUUGAUUCGGACGGAAAAUUUUUUGCUUAUGUAAAUGGUCAAAUAUUGAAAAUCAUUGCAACCGAUAAUUGGAAAACAUUAGCUACUAUAGAAAAUGUUAAAACUUACCAUUUGGCUUUUUCUCCAAAAGGUACUUUUCUGAUGAGCUGGGAACCUUUUACUGUUAACAAUGUACAACCUGAAGGAAGUCCAAAUUUAAAAAUAUACAAAACCGAAACGGGAGAACUUGUUAAGACAUUUGUUCAUAAAAAACAGAUAAAUUGGGAACCUCAAUGGAGUCUUGAUGAAAAAUUAUUUUCAAGAAUGGUUAAUAAUGAUGUUGUAUUUUAUGAAGACCUUAACUUUGAAAAAAUUGUAGCUAGAAUAAAGAAUUACAAAGUUGUGUCUUAUAAAAUGUCACCUAAUGUAGGUGUAUAUUUUCUUCUUUGUCACACCUUAGGAAGUCCAGGACAACCAUCUUUUGCGAGAUUAUUCAAAUACCCUAAUUUUGAAUUGAAUCAAACUAUUGCGAAUAAGAGCUUUUUUCAAGCUGAUAAAGUUGAAUUUCUUUGGAAUGCAAAGGGAAAUAGUGCUUUAUUAUUAACGUCAACAGAGGUAGAUAAAACUGGUGGUUCUUACUAUGGAAAACAAGGAUUACAUUUUGCUGGUUUAAAUGGUCAAACGUCAAUAAUUAAUUUGAGCAAAGAAGGUUCAAUAUACAAUGUACAGUGGUCUCCAAAAAGUAAUGAAUUUUGUGUUGUUUAUGGUUUCAUGCCUGCCAAAGCCACUGUGUUCAAUCUCAAGUGUGAACCUAUCUUUGAAUUGGGAACUGGACCUAAAAAUUCAAUUUUCUAUAAUCCUCAAGGUAAUAUCCUUCUAUUGGGGGGAUUUGGAAAUUUGAGAGGACAUAUUGAAUUAUGGGAUACUGCAAAUUGGAAAAAGAUCAGUGAAUGUGAUGCACCUGAUACAACCUUUCUUCAAUGGGCUGCAGAUGGAGAACAUUUCCUAACUGCAACUACCGCACCAAGACUUAGAAUUGGAAAUGGAUAUAAAAUAUGGCAUUACACUGGAGUUCUGCUCUUUGAGAGACCUUGUAAGGAACCUGAAGAAUUAUAUGAUGUAGCUUGGAAGAGUUUUCCAAAAGGAGUUUUCAGAGAUCCUGUUAUUUCAACAAAAAAAGUUGAAGGUAUAGCUGCAAGUCAGCCACAAGCUUCUGCACAAGUUUAUAGGCCUCCUUCUGCAAGAAACCGCCCAGAAGUCAAGUUCAAUUUGUAUGAUGAAGAAGAUGCUCAUAAACCAGGCAAGGGUGUAGCUCCAUCAAAAGCUUCGUUAAAACAGAAAAAGAAAAGAGAAGCAAAAAAAGCUAAAAAAUCGGAAGAAGGAAUUGAUGAAGAACAAAAAGGGCCCGUUAUUGUUAGUAACAUUCAGGUGAAUUUGACUGGCGAUCCGGAAGUAGAUAAAAAAUUGAAAGCUAUCAAAAAGAAACUUGAUGCUAUAGAAAAACUGAAAAUUCAACAAGCCCAAGGUAAAACAUUAGAGAUUAAUCAAUUAGAGAAGAUCAAAGGAGAAGCGGACCUGAUUAACGAAUUGAAAAAUUUAACUGUAUGAUUUUUGUAUUUAAAUAUAUAAACUUAUGAAUUA